UUUUGCUUUUACUUCUCCUGCAUGACAGUUGUUUUCUCCAUCUAAGCAGACACCAGCUUCAGAUGCUCGAGGUGAGAAACAUGCCUUUCAGUUUGGGCUACUGGUUUACUUAACUGGCCAACGAUCAGCUCCGUUUCUAUUUUGGCCCCGAUCCUCUUGACCAGCCGGGAUGGUUUGGAGAAGCAUUUGAAAGAACUGCCAAAGUGGCUCAGAAACAGCAGUAAAGAAUUACAAUAUACUUUUAUUCUGUAGUUGCUAGAGGCUUUUUCUUUUUUUCUUUUUUUUUUCCGUCCUCCCUCCUGCACUCCUCUUGCUUUUGAUAAUGGCCUUGGACUUGGAAGACUUAUCGAUUUCCCCCUGUAAGAUGCUGUCUCAUUUGGUUGGGGGGGGCUCUGCAUGGUAAUGGACCGCGAGAGAGGCCAGGCCUUCUGGAGGUGAGCCGAUGGAGAUUUAUUCCCCAGACAUGUCCGAGGGAGCCGCUGAGAGGUCCUCCAGCCCCUCCACUCAGCUGAGUGCAGACCCGUCUCUCGACGGGCUUCCGGCAGCAGAAGACAUGCCAGAGACCCAGACUGAAGAUGGGCGAACCCCCGGCCUCGUGGGCCUGGCAGUUCCCUGCUGUGUCUGCCUGGAAGCCGAGCGCCUGAGAGGUUGCCUCAACUCAGAGAAAAUCUGCAUUGUCCCCAUUCUGGCUUGCCUAGUCAGCCUCUGCCUCUGCAUUGCCGGCCUCAAGUGGGUAUUUGUGGACAAGAUAUUUGAGUAUGACUCUCCUACUCACCUUGACCCUGGGGGGUUAGGCCAGGACCCUAUUAUUUCUCUGGAUCCAACCGCUGCCUCAGCUGUGUGGGUAGCAUCUGAGGCGUACACUUCACCUGUCUCUAGGGCUCAAUCCGAAACUGAGGUUCAAGUUACACUGCAAGUUGACAAUGCUGUUGCGUCCUCUGAACCUUCAGCGGUCCCAACCCCGAAGAAUCGUAUUUUUGCUUUUUCUUUCCUGCCGUCCACCACACCGUCCUUCCCUUUCCCCACUCGGAACCCUGAGGUGAGAACACCCAAGUCAGCAACUCAGCCACAAACAACAGAAACUAAUCUCCAAACUGCUCCUAAACUUUCUACAUCUACGUCUACAACCGGAACAAGCCAUCUUGUAAAGUGUGCAGAGAAGGAGAAAACUUUCUGUGUGAAUGGAGGCGAGUGCUUCAUGGUGAAAGACCUUUCAAACCCCUCAAGAUACUUGUGCAAGUGCCCAAAUGAGUUUACUGGUGAUCGCUGCCAAAACUACGUAAUGGCCAGCUUCUACAAGCAUCUUGGGAUUGAAUUUAUGGAAGCCGAGGAGCUCUACCAGAAGAGAGUGCUGACCAUCACCGGCAUCUGCAUCGCCCUGCUUGUGGUCGGCAUCAUGUGUGUGGUGGCAUACUGCAAAACCAAGAAACAACGGAAAAAGCUUCAUGAUCGGCUUCGGCAGAGUCUUCGGUCUGAACGAAACAACAUGGUGAACAUAGCGAAUGGGCCUCACCACCCCAACCCACCCCCCGAGAACGUCCAGCUGGUGAAUCAAUACGUCUCUAAAAAUGUCAUCUCUAGUGAGCAUAUUGUUGAGAGAGAAGCGGAGACAUCUUUUUCCACCAGUCACUAUACCUCAACAGCUCACCACUCCACCACUGUCACUCAGACUCCUAGUCACAGCUGGAGCAAUGGGCACACUGAAAGCAUCAUUUCGGAAAGCCACUCUGUAAUCAUGAUGUCAUCAGUAGAAAACAGUAGGCACAGCAGCCCCACUGGGGGCCCGAGAGGACGACUUAAUGGCGUGGGAGGCCCUCGCGAGUGUAACAGCUUCCUCAGGCAUGCCAGAGAAACCCCUGACUCCUACCGAGACUCUCCUCAUAGUGAAAGGUACGUGUCAGCAAUGACGACCCCGGCUCGUAUGUCACCUGUAGAUUUCCACACGCCAAGCUCCCCCAAAUCACCCCCUUCGGAAAUGUCUCCACCUGUGUCCGGCACGACGGUGUCCAUGCCCUCCAUGGCAGUCAGCCCCUUCGUGGAAGAAGAGAGACCUCUGCUUCUCGUGACACCACCGAGGCUGCGGGAGAAGUAUGACCGCCAACCCCAGCAGUUCACCUCCUACCACCAUAACCCCGCGCAUGAGAGCAACAGCCUGCCCCCUAGCCCCUUGAGGAUAGUGGAGGACGAGGAGUAUGAAACCACCCAGGAGUACGAGCCAGCCCAAGAGCCUGUUAAGAAACUCACCAGUAGCCGGCGGCCCAAAAGAACCAAGCCCAAUGGCCACAUUGCCAACAGGUUGGAAAUGGACAGCAACGCAAGUGCGGAGGGCACUCACUCAGAGAGUGAGACAGAAGAUGAGAGAGUAGGGGAAGAUACACCCUUCCUGGGCAUUCAGAACCCCCUGGCCGCCAGCCUUGAGGCAGCACCUGCCUUCCGCCUGGCGGACAGCAGGACUAACCCAGCAGGCCGCUUCUCUCCGCAGGAAGAAUUGCAGGCCAGGCUGACUAGUGUAAUCGCUAACCAAGACCCUAUCGCUGUAUAAAACCUAAAUAAACACAUAGAUUCACCUGUAAAACUUUAUUUUAUAUAAUAAAGUAUUCCACCUUAAA